CCCCUCCCCCGGUGCGGGUCGGUGAGCGAGGAGGGGGCUCCGCCCCCGUCCCGGACCGAUGCGGGCGGGGGCCGCGUCCCGGAGCCGGAAGUGGAGUUGCCGAGUCACCGCCCUGGCCGCCCGUCCGGCUGUCAGGGAGCCCCCGACCCGCUGACCGGCCCGACCGAGGGAUGAGGCGGACCGCGGCCGACACCGCCCCGGCUCCCGCGCCAGCCUCAGCUCCCGCACCGCCUCCCGCCGCGGCCGCGGCUCCCGCAUCCGCUCCAGCCCUUGCAGCGGCUCCGGCCCCGGCUCCCGCAUCAGCCGCAGCUCCCGCAUCCGCUCCAGCCCUUGCAGCGGCUCCGGCUCCUGCUCCCGCAUCAGCCGCAGCUCCUGCCUCGGCCUCCGGUCCUGCCCCGGCCCCGGGCCCGGCCCGCCCCUCGCCCCCUCGAGGCUGAGCGGGGCUCCCGGCCCCCCCCGGCACCAUGAUGGAGGAGAUCGACCGGUUCCAGGUGCCCACGGCGCACUCGGAGAUGCAGCCUCUGCAGGACCCAGCCGCUGCCUCCAUCUCGGACGGAGACUGCGACGCCCGUGAGGGGGAGACCGUGGCCAUGAAUUACAAACCGUCCCCGCUGCAAGUGAAGUUGGAGAAGCAGAGGGAGCUGGCCCGGAAGGGCUCUCUGAAGAACGGCACCAUGGGCAGUCCCGUCAACCAGCAGCCCAAGAAGAACACCGUCAUGGCCCGGACAAGGCUGGUCGUCCCCAACAAGGGCUACUCCUCGCUAGACCAGAGCCCGGAUGAGAAGCCUUUGGUGGCACUGGACACAGACAGCGAUGACGACUUCGACAUGUCCAGAUAUUCCUCUUCUGGAUACUCCUCAGCCGAGCAGAUCAACCAAGACUUGAACAUCCAGCUGCUGAAGGACGGCUACCGGUUAGACGAGAUCCCGGACGACGAGGACCUCGACCUCAUCCCCCCCAAGUCCGUCAACCCCACCUGCAUGUGCUGCCAGGCCACCUCCUCCACCGCCUGCCACAUCCAGUAACGGCCACGGCGGGCGCGGGCGGGGGGCGGGCGGGCGUCUGCACCCGGCCCCCCUCCCCAACAACUGUAAAACUUCUUAACUGUCAUGGCUUCCUCCUAUGGUA